UCUCCUCCUCCUCCUCCUCCUCCUCUUCCUCUCCUCUCUGUGCGUCAGACGGUGUGUCUGGAUGGAGGAUCCGUGUAACGAGCUCCGACACGUUCCUCCGUCGCCUCCUUCUUCAGAGAUUUCGUGCUCCCUCUGUGUGUCCGUCUCUAACCUCCUCUCUCUCCCUCCCUCCUCCCUCUCCGUGGGAACAGAGGAGGGAUGAAUGGGGAGGUGAUGGAGGGGAGCCCGGCGCAAGAGCAGCAGCAUGCCGGUAACGGCUCCCACCUCCCUCCCCCCCCCACCAUCACGCCGGCCAUCCCUCCCUACGUGAAGCUGGGCCUGACCAUCGCCUACACCAUCUUCUACUCGCUGCUCUUCGCCUUCGUCUACGCCCAGCUCUGGCUGGUGCUCAGAUACCGGCACAAGCGCUUCAGCUACCAGACGGCCUUCCUGUUCCUGUGUCUGCUGUGGGCCGCCCUGCGCGCCCUCCUCUUCUCCUUCUACUUCAGAGACUGUGUCACCGCCAACGCGCUCGGACCCUUCGCCUUCUGGCUGCUCUACUGCUUCCCCGUCUGCCUGCAGUUCUUCACGCUCAGCCUCAUGAACCUCUACUGCGCACAGGUCUACUUCAAGGCAAAGUCCAAGUACUCACCUGCCCUGCUGAAGUACAGACUUCCUCUGUACCUGGUCUUCUUGGGUGUCAGUCUCCUCUUCCUGGUGGUUAACCUGGUCUGCGCCCUGCUGGUCAAAAUGACCGCCGCGGACGUUAAGACCAUAGUCCUGGUGAGGGUCACCAUCAACGACAGCCUGUUCGUGCUCUGUGCCGUCUCGCUGUCCGUCUGCCUCUACAAGGUGGCCAAGAUGUCGCUGGCCAACAUCUACCUGGAGUCAAAGGGGACGUCGGUGUGUCAGGUGACUCUGAUCGGCAUCAUGGUGGUCUUGCUGUACUCGUCACGGGCUUGUUACAACCUCGUGGUUCUCGCCCUCACCGACAUCGAGACCAUCAACUCCUUCGACUACGACUGGUACAACGUCUCGGACCAGGCGGAUCUGCGGUCGUCUCUCGGGGACGCCGGUUACAUCGUGUUCGGGGUGAUUCUGUUCGUCUGGGAGCUUCUGCCCACCUCGCUGGUCGUCUUCUUCUUCAGGGUCAGACGGCCCCCGCAGGAGAGGAGCACCGUGGGGAUUCCAAACCACGUCCUCUCCUCCAGAGGAUAUUUCUUUGACAACCCUCGUCGGUACGACAGUGACGAUGACCUGGCGUGGAGCAUCCCCCCCCAGAAUGCAUCAGCCAGUCUCUCCUCUGAUUGCUACGACUGGGGCAGCCGUCACAGCAGCUUCACCGUUCACACCAACGGGGACGAGCAGCGCCUCACCGCCACCGCCGGAGAGCUCCACCCGUACCCAUGAGCCCCCCCCCCCCCUCUCUCUCUCUCUCUCUCUUCACUGUACAGCACCACUCUGCACUUUGACACCAUCAGUUCUUUUACUGUGUUCUCAUCAUCGCCGGUGUAAAAGUUUGUAAAGUCACGGUAGAGUUAAAAAUAGACGAACGAUCGGCAGAGCUCCUCCGAGGGUCGGACGGAGAAAGUGUUCCAUCAAACAAACCGAUCACACAAACACAACGCCCCGUUCAUCUGUUCCCACUGAGUCUCAGUUUCACUGUAAACAGAACUCUCUAUGUGGUCUGAACUUUACUGACAGCUCCGCCUCUCUCUGCUGGAGCCCCGCCUCUCUCUGCUGGAGCUCCGCCCCUCUCUGCAGGAGCUCCGCCUCUCUCUGAUGAUGUAGUGAUGAAUGUUUUUAGAUGUUGCCUCAGAGUCACAGAGUUCAUGUAGCACUUAUCUUCCCCUGACUCUGAACACAAAGACGAUGUGAUGAUGAAUUUUCAGAAAUAAAACUUCAUUAAAUAUAUUUUCUAACUGUUUUGAAUCGCUCGUAACAUUACAUUAAAUUAAAUCUUAAAAAACUGGACUGUAAGAAACAGAAGUCAGAUUGUGAAGUUGAAUCAUGAGCACGUUAUGACAGAAACCUUGUAAAUAUUAAAAACAGUUGAAUACCUCUGUGUUGCUUUGAUGUUCAACUCAAAAAGUUAUUGUUUGUUUUUAUUCUUGAUUUUAAAUUUGGAACAUGAUGAAAGCCUCGGACUGUAAAGACGUGAAUAUUAACGAUGUGGUUACGAUGAUGGUGAUGUUCAGACUCGUGUUUUACAGCGUCGGUGUUUCCGUGACGAUGUUCAGAGAACUCUAUAUUUCUAACUGACGCAGGUUUUGUAAGAUAUUUGUACAGAUGCAGAGUUUCACUCAUUGUGUAUUUAUUUAUUUAUUUGUUGUGUUUGUGACGUGUCCACACAAAAAUAACACUUCAAUAAAAAAAUACGUUCGAAUGUUA